AUGGGUAUUUCUCGGGAUUCUCGCCACAAGCGCAGCGCCACCGGUGCCAAGCGCGCUUUCUACCGCAAGAAGAGAGCUUUCGAGAAGGGUCGUCAGCCCGCCAACACCCGUAUUGGCACCAAGCGCAUCCACCUUGUCCGCACCCGUGGUGGCAACCAGAAGUUCCGUGGUCUCCGUCUCGAGUCUGGUAACUUCUCGUGGGGCUCCGAGGGUGUCUCCCGCAAGACCCGUAUCAUUGGAGUGUCCUUCCACCCCUCCAACAACGAGCUGGUCCGCACAAACACCCUGACCAAGUCGGCCGUUGUCCAGAUUGACGCUGCCCCCUUCCGUCAGUGGUACGAGGCCCACUACGGCCAGCCCAUCGGCCGUAGACGCCAGCAGAAGGCUGAUGCUACUGAGGAGGAGAAGAAGUCCGCCUCCGUCGCCAAGAAGCAGGCUGCCCGCUUCGCUGACUCCGGUAAGACCGAGUCUGCUAUCGAGCGCCAGUUCGAGUCCGGUCGUCUGUUCGCCGUUGUUGCCUCGCGCCCCGGCCAGUCCGGCCGCUGCGACGGUUACAUUUUGGAGGGUGAGGAGCUUGCUUUCUACCAGAAGGCUAUCCGCAAGUAA